CCCCGAGCUCCCGCCGCCUCCCGCUGCCUCCCGGAGGCUCGGCGCUGCGCUCCACCUCGCGCCCCCUCUCCUCCGUCCCGGGCUCGCGCUGCCCUCCCCGCGCCUGCCCCCUCCCCGGCCCCUCCCUCCGCCUCCGCGCGCGCGGCGCUCGCAGAGCCGACUCCGGGGGGCUCUCGAUGUAGCACCAUGACAGGCAUCGCCGCCGCCUCCUUCUUCUCCAACACCUGCCGCUUCGGGGGCUGCGGACUCCACUUCCCCACGCUGGCCGACCUCAUCGAGCACAUCGAGGACAACCACAUCGAUACAGAUCCACGUGUCUUAGAAAAGCAAGAGCUGCAGCAGCCGACCUACGUGGCCCUCAGCUACAUCAACAGAUUCAUGACAGAUGCUGCACGCCGAGAACAGGAAUCCCUGAAGAAGAAGAUUCAGCCGAAGCUUUCCCUAACCCUGUCCAGCUCUGUGUCUCGAGGGAAUGUGUCCACUCCACCACGCCACAGCAGCGGAAGCCUUACUCCCCCUGUGACCCCGCCCAUCACCCCAUCCUCUUCAUUCCGCAGCAGCACUCCAACAGGCAGUGAGUACGACGAGGAAGAGGUGGACUAUGAGGAGUCGGACAGCGAUGAGUCCUGGACCACGGAGAGUGCCAUCAGCUCGGAAGCAAUCCUCAGCUCCAUGUGCAUGAACGGAGGAGAAGAGAAGCCGUUUGCCUGCCCAGUUCCUGGGUGUAAAAAGAGAUACAAGAAUGUGAAUGGCAUAAAGUACCAUGCUAAGAAUGGUCACCGAACACAGAUUCGCGUCCGCAAACCAUUCAAAUGCCGGUGUGGGAAGAGUUACAAGACAGCUCAGGGCCUGCGGCACCACACAAUCAAUUUCCAUCCCCCAGUGUCUGCCGAGAUGAUCAGGAAGAUGCAGCAGUGACGUGCUGGUCAGAACUGUGCCAAGAAAUCCUCACCAGCAGUUGCUGAUUUUGAAAACAGCCACCUUUUUUCAGGGGAAGCACUCAGCAACCCUUUAAUGAAAAAUAAUUAAAUGCAUGCUUUAAACU